AUGUCUAGCACAGCUUCCUCGCCGCACUCUCGUCUCGGCCGCCGAACUGCAUACCACCAGCGCCGCGCAAACCUCGCCAAAGCCCUCCCAAAGAACAGCAUCGCCGUCCUCGCUUCCUCCGACAUCAAGUACCGCUCCGGUGCCGUCUUCUAUGAAUUCCACCAAGAACCGAACUUCUUCUACUUGACUGACAUCAUCAGCCGCGCAAAAGAAGUCUACACCGAUCUGCUCGGCACCACCACAAAGUCCGCUUUCAAGAGGUAUUUCUCAAGCUUGAAGAAGGUCCCUUCAGAAGGAUUCGGCAAAUUGCUGCAGGAGAACAAUGUUAGGCCGCUGAGACCCAUCAUGAACAACCUUCGCGUAAAGAAGAGUGAGGCUGAGAUAUUGAAUAUGAGAAAGGCUGGUCAGGUAUCUGGUCGAGCAUUCACCGAGACCAUGAAGACGCCUAUGGGUACCGAGAAGGAUCUCUGGACUAUGCUCGACACUGGCUUCAAGAUUGGUGGCUUGGAUGGCUCUGCUUACGUGCCGGUUGUUGCUGGCGGCAAGCUCGUACUCGUCGAUGCUGGCGGCGAGUACGGUGGCUACAUCACCGACAUCACGCGUACAUGGCCAGUCAAUGGCAAAUUCACAGACCCGCAAAGGGAUUUGUAUGAGAUGAUACUCAAGGUCCAACGAAGCGUGGUGUCGCUGUGUCGCGAGGAUGCAGAUCUUUCGCUCGACAAACUUCAUCGUAUCACCGAGGAUGGACUGCGCGACGGACUCAAGUCUCUAGGGUUUAACAUGGAAGGCAAUGCUCUCGAGAUAUUGUUCCCUCACCAUGUUGGCCACUUUAUUGGUCUGGAUGUUCACGAUGCUCCUGGACAUCCUAGAACAGGACGACUGACAGCGGGAGAGUGCAUCACCAUCGAACCUUGA